AGCAAUCUCCAGGUCAGGCCUCCAGCACUUGGCUCCUGUGCAUUCCCUCAACAUUCCAGUCACCAAUGGACCUGUGAAGGAACCAAGAGCGGCCUUAGAGUGGACUGAAAAUGCUGUGAAUGGAGAGCAUCUAUGGCUAGAGACAAAUGUUUCUGGGGACCUCUGCUACCUGGGGGAGGAAAGCUGCCAAGUCAAAUUUUCAAAGUCAGCCCUGCGGAGGAAAUGUGCUGCCUGCAAGAUCGUGGUCCACAAUACGUGCAUGGAGCAGCUAGAGAAGAUUAAUUUUCGCUGCAAACCGACUUUCAGAGAAGGAGGCUCCAGAUCUCCAAGAGAAAACUUUGUGCGGCAUCACUGGGUGCACCGACGGAGGCAGGAGGGCAAAUGUAAGCAGUGUGGAAAGGGCUUUCAGCAGAAAUUCUCCUUCCAUAGUAAAGAGAUUGUGGCCAUCAGUUGUUCCUGGUGCAAGCUGGCGUUUCAUAACAAAGUCACCUGUUUCAUGCUGCAUCACAUUGAGGAGCCAUGUUCCCUGGGGGCUCAUGCUGCUGUCAUUGUGCCUCCCACCUGGAUCAUUAAGGUGAAGAAACCUCAGGUGGUCUCCAUACCAGGAGACGAGCCUGAUUGGGCAGGAGACUGGAGCCCCGAAGGGGAAACGGGCGUCUCCUACCCCUAUUGGGAGGGUUGGCAGAACUCCUUAAAGACUUCAACAAGGCGAAAGAAGAGAACGUCCUUUAAAAGAAAAGCCAGCAAAAGAGGAAAUGAAGAUAACAAGGGCCGGCCUUUUGUGAUAAAGCCUAUCUCCUCUCCACUCAUGAAGCCACUGCUGGUUUUUGUCAAUCCAAAAAGUGGAGGGAAUCAGGGCACCAAGGUUCUCCAAAUGUUUAUGUGGUAUUUGAACCCACGCCAGGUGUUUGAUCUCUCUCAGGACGGGCCAAGAGAUGCGCUGGAGCUGUACAGAAAAGUGCCAAACCUGAGGAUCCUUGCAUGUGGUGGGGAUGGGACGGUGGGCUGGAUCCUGUCCAUCCUUGAUGAGUUGCAACUCAGCCCCCCACCUCCUGUGGCUGUCCUUCCACUUGGCACUGGGAACGACCUUGCCCGCACUCUCAACUGGGGUGGGGGUUACACAGACGAGCCUGUGUCUAAGAUCCUGUGCCAUGUAGAAGAUGGAACCAUUGUCCAGCUGGACCGCUGGAAUCUUCAGGUUGAGCGCAACCCUGAUUUGCCCCAGGAUGAGCUGGAGGAUGGGGCACGUAAGCUUCCCCUCAAUGUCUUCAAUAAUUACUUUAGUCUUGGAUUUGAUGCACAUGUUACGCUGGAGUUCCAUGAAUCCAGAGAAGCAAAUCCAGAGAAAUUCAACAGCCGAUUUAGAAAUAAAAUGUUUUAUGCAGGGGCAGCCUUUACAGACUUUCUGCAAAGAAGCUCAAGAGAUUUAUCCAAGCAUGUUAAAGUUGUGUGUGAUGGUACAGACCUGACUCCAAAGAUCCAGGAGCUGAAGUUCCAGUGUAUAGUGUUUUUAAACAUACCCAGGUAUUGUGCUGGCACAAUGCCCUGGGGGAACCCCGGGGACCACAGGGACUUUGAACCCCAGCGUCACGACGAUGGCUACAUCGAAGUCAUUGGGUUCACUAUGGCCUCACUGGCUGCUCUGCAGGUGGGUGGUCAUGGAGAGAGGCUGCACCAGUGCCGGGAGGUGACGCUUUUGACGUACAAGUCAAUCCCCAUGCAAGUGGAUGGCGAACCCUGUCGGUUGGCUCCCUCCCUCAUCCGGAUCUCCCUGAGGAAUCAAGCCAACAUGGUGCAGAAAAGCAAGAGGAGAACGUCUAUGCCUUUGCUGAAUGAUAUCCAUAAAGUGCAGUCUGCUGACCUGAGGAGAGUCUCGGCUCCCCCUGAUUCCUUCACUGUUCCUCAUUCCAUCCCAGAUCGCCUGCGGAUCAGAGUGAACAGGAUUAAUUUACAAGAAUACGAGGGGCUACAUUAUGACAAGGAAAAACUCCGGGAAGCUUCCAUUCCCCUAGGAAUCAUAGUUGUACGAGGCGAUUGUGACUUGGAGACUUGUCGUAUGUACAUUGACCGUCUACAAGAGGACCUACAGUCAGUAACGUCUGCUACACAGAGAGUUCAUUACCAGGACCAGGAAAGCUCUUUCCCCAGAGUUCUGUCUGUUCAGAGGCUCUCUCCUAGAUGGUGCUUCCUAGAUGCAACUUCUGCUGAUCGUUUUUAUCGCAUCGACAGAUCUCAGGAGCAUUUGCACUUUGUGACGGAAAUUUCGCAGGAUGAGAUUUUUAUUCUGGACCCAGAGAUGGUAACCUCUCAGCAGGUGGGGACGCCACCAGGAAUGCCUGACCUGGUAGUGGAGCAGGCAGCUGGGAUAUCGGAUUGGUGGAACCCUGCAGUUCGGAAGAGGAUGCUGAGUGACAGCAGCCUUGGAAAGAUUUCUCCCCACUACGAGGUACCUGACAAACAAAAGGACGCCAGCCAGACACAUAUGCUGCAGUCACCGGUUUCUUCGGAAGAUCAAGCACUUUUACAGGCAGUCACAUCUGGUGAUCUACUGAAGUUCAUAGAAUGUUGUAAAAAAGGAGCCAAUUUGUUAAUCCAAGGCCCUGAUCACUGCUCCCUGUUGCACCAUGCUGCCAAGACUGGGAAUGGCGAGAUUGUGAAAUACAUCCUGGAGCAUGGUCCAUCUGAAUUACUGGACAUGGCAGACAGUGAAACGGGUGAGACAGCAUUACAUAAGGCAGCCUGCCAGCGCCACCGCGCCGUCUGCCAGCUCCUGGUGGAUGCGGGAGCCUCUCUGAGAAAGACAGACUCCAAGGGUAAGACCCCUCGUGACAGGGCUCAGCAAGCUGGUGAUCCAGAUCUGGCCUCCUACCUGGAGAGUCGACAAAACUAUCAAAUGGUUUCCCAUGAGGAUCUAGAGACAGCAGUCUGAUGUCUGAAAAUAUCCAAGAGGAUCCCUGGAAAUCUCAAGACUGCAUCUGAAGCACUCAGGCAUCGUGUGAGGAAGAAACUGUUGAAAUCCAUGUGUCUCUCAUUCUCAAGGAAAGUACCUGAGGACAUGCCACCAGUUUCUAAGGGCAACUAAGUCUUGCUGUGGAACGGUUAUGUUCCAUAAGUUAGCCCAUGAUGGAUGAGGUGGGACACUCAAAGGUCUGUGGAAUCCAUAGGCCACAAAAAUUUACCUUUAUUGCUUCCAGCAAGUAGCAUGAACUUCUCCCAUGUUCAUCUGUACAAUUUAUUAAAAAAAAAAGAAAAAAAAAAGGAAAGAGUAAAGAGGGUGUGGGGGAACAAAAUCCAAACCUACUGGUACAUUAAGCCACCCAACCAGGCUCUCCUCCUCCAUCCUUACAAUUUCCUGCAUUGCUUUUAUUCUCCUGUUCCCCUCACUUCUCAUCAGUUAAAUAUUACCUGUUAUUGCUGUGUUGUCUUCACAAAUGGUCAGGCAGUAGCAAAAUAUUUGAGGAGCUCUGGAUGCCCUUAAGAAAUAUCCAGGAUUUUUACCAGCUACAUCCCCCCCCUUGCCAUCCUCUCAGAAGCUGUGUUGUCAGUGCUCAGCCACCAUGGAGGUUUCUUGCUUUCAGAGAGGAUGCUGCUUAUUGCCUUGUUUCCCAGGGUUUGGGGUACAGUUAGAUCUACAAGCAGUGAUGAAACACAGCCUCAUCAUUGCUGGGCAUACAGUUAUGGUAUCCUCAUGAAACAUUUGUAUGGAGAGGAGUUAUAUGGGAUAUACCAUGCUGAAUGGAGAGCAGAAAGUCACCAGGAAGCUUCUCAUAUCACUUUUGGGUGUGUAAUGGCUGACCCAGCUCUUCUCAGGUUUCAGGCCUGUCUAGAAGGUGAUAGCUGUUCUUUACUUCUAAAAAGAUGGGUUUUACAUGGGGCAGAGAUUUGUGCAAGAUGAGGGAAUUCUGAUGGACUGACUGACAGACCUAGUCCCCUUUGCACCACAGCCAGAGGGAGGAAGGAGACCUGGAACAUCAGCAACCAGCCUGGUCGUAUUGGGAAUGGGAAAACCUUCUUUGACUGAACCUGUAAAUCUGAUUUUUCAAGGGAACAAAGUUUUGGGGAGUCUGUCCCCGAAGAAGGACAAGCAGCAGCUCUUUGCCUUGUUACCCACAAUAGGUUUGGAAUGUAAAGCUUAGCAGCUGUCAAGGUUAGCUUUGUCUUCUGUACUCAUCUGUUCUCUGUCUUAUAACCAUAAAAGAAGAGAAAGCAAACAAAUACACAGGCAUAAACAAAAUGUUUCACCUUUGGGUUUCCGAUUGCUGCAGAUAUCUCAGCUGACAAAAUAGCAGAGCUUCCAACUCUACGUUGUCAGACCAAUGCUCAUGGCUGACUUUUGGCAUAACUCUUGCAAUACAUUUUUGAAUUUUGCUUUGUUGUAUGAUUUGAAAGAUGUUUGUUUUCACAUGCCUUGCUAGGGGUAGCUCUCUGAUAGAUGGUGAUCGUUGGGAUUACAUACAAUUUGAAACCAUGAAAAUACCUCAGGUUGUUACCCAGAUAAGUUUUUCUUCUUUGCUAGAAGUGGAGGAAAUCAAAUGAGUGCAAUUUUUUUUUAAACUAUGAAUGAUUGUUGUGGUAGGGAGGGGGGAGCUAAAAAAUAUAUUUUAAAUUUUUUUCCUCUUUUCAAAAGUUAAUUUGAUAUGCGCAAAAUAUUUCUUUAGUAUUUCUUCCUCUGGAAGGAAAUUAUAUAUAUUUGUAAUCUAUAGGUCAAUGGCAACAUGAAAUGUAUUUUGUCUUAUUUUCUGUCUUUACCUUUCUCAUUUAAAAAAUAAAAUAUGAAAGCCAAAUUACUUCCCUUGAUAAUUAUCCAGUGGCUUGUGGAGAAAAUAAGUGUGUGUAUAUAUAUUAGAAAAGCAUUUGGCAACUGCUAAAAUGAAAAAUCAGAAUAUAGUUUUGGUGUAUGUGAUAUUUCCACAAGGAAAGAUCCUCACACUGUGGUACUGUGGUUUCAUGGUAGGCCUUGUAUAAUUUCCCAGUUGUGAGAAAACACAUUACUGUAAUAUUUCUAUACAUUUGAUAAUAAUAAGAAUUGUGUUACCAACACUUUAAUCUUUUGGUUUGCUUUGCUGAUCUGAGAAAUGGAGGAAGUUUCAAUAGCACAGGAGCUUGGCUCUGUCCUGUGCUGAAGCCAAGCUGAGUAUGGUCACUGAGCCUGUGACAGCUCCCUGAUCCUUCAAUCCCAUAAAGCAGGUGGAGCAGUAAAGGCUUGCUUUAACCACAGGUAGCCUUCAGAGGCCAGAUGUAGAUUAUGAUAAGGGACCUGCUUCUGGUCCCUCUGUCCCCAGUUGCCUUCCACUUGUCAGCUCUUCCCUGGUACCCAGGAGGUGCCUGCAGCUGUGGCUGGCUCUGGAGCAGCUUGUCAGGAUGGGCAGAUUUCCUGGGCAAUUUUGUGCCAUUUGGACUGCUCAGAGGAACUCGGAGCACACAACAGAGUGUGGCUUGGAUUUUCCACUGAGGGCUGGAGUACGAUGGUAUGAUUGGAGCGAGCCUGUUGUGUCUCUGGGAAGCUCCUGUGCUGUGUGCUCAGUAGGAGACAGCCACUGUAUGAUAAAAAUAGCCCCCAGCACUGGAGGCAGGACAGCAGCUGACUGGAUGCAGUGCCUUUAGCGUUCAGGGUGUCCCAAAGCACUGCACAUGUGAUGCACUAGGUACUGGUGAUUUGUAUCUGUAGGUAUCAGAACACAUUUAUUGCUUUCUACAAUGGCUCAUGCGUGGCAAGGAGUAUCUGAAAUUGGUUCACAGUUCAUUGGCUGUUUGGGACCAGGAUGCUGCAGGACUCUUCCUUACCCUUUUCAAGUAAAAUGGGAUUACCAGAAGCAGGCAGACUGCAGCAAUUAAAGGCAACACAUGUGUAUUUGAUCUCUGGAGCACUUGGGAAUCUAGAUUAGUACAGUACAAUUGUGCCUGCGCUGGGCAGGGCCCAAAUUCCAGUGUGCAGCUGGGAGUCCAUAUGAAUUACAUGUAAUUUUGAUUUACUAAAAGCAUCUGUUCAGUGGCUGUGUCUGUUGACGUGUGUAUAUUACUAUAUAUAUGUAUAUUUAUAAAUAUCAGUAUGCAUGUAUAUAGGUGCACACAUAUGUACGUGAACACACUUGAAAUUGUGCCAUUCGAAUGACAAAGUCCCUAGGGAUGCUCAGCUACUGGGAUUGCUGGACUGACAAAAUGUCAUUUUCCAUUUUGAUUUGUUAUCAAAGGGAACAUUUUUCAGUAGAACUGAGGAGCUUCUGAAUUAUUCUGUUGUACUUGUUUUAAUAUCUUGUUUUGCAGUUAAAUUGAGGGAAAGAAAAUAUUUAUAAUGUUGAUAAAAUAAACUUAAUUUUGUAAUUUAA